GCCAUUUUGCUGCUGAGCGCCAAGAGAGAAAGAGCACAUAUUUCUCCGUGGGACACUCCUUGUAUUGGUGGGUGAGAAAUGGGCGACUGGAGUUUCCUGGGGAACAUCUUGGAGGAGGUGAAUGAGCACUCCACCGUCAUCGGCAGAGUCUGGCUCACCGUGCUUUUCAUCUUCCGGAUCCUCAUCCUUGGCACGGCCGCAGAGUUCGUGUGGGGGGAUGAGCAAUCCGACUUCGUGUGCAACACCCAGCAGCCUGGCUGCGAGAACGUCUGCUACGACGAGGCCUUUCCCAUCUCCCACAUUCGCCUCUGGGUGCUGCAGAUCAUCUUCGUCUCCACCCCGUCCCUGAUGUACGUGGGGCACGCGGUGCACUACGUCCGCAUGGAGGAGAAGCGCAAAAGCCGCGAGGCGGAGGAGCUGGGCCAGCAGGCGGGGACUAACGGCGGCCCGGACCAGGGCAGCGUCAAGAAGAGCAGCGGCAGCAAAGGCACUAAGAAGUUCCGGCUGGAGGGGAUCCUGCUGAGGACCUACAUCUGCCACAUCAUCUUCAAGACCCUCUUUGAAGUGGGCUUCAUCGUGGGCCACUACUUCCUGUACGGGUUCCGGAUCCUGCCUCUGUACCGCUGCAGCCGGUGGCCCUGCCCCAAUGUGGUGGACUGCUUCGUGUCCCGGCCCACGGAGAAAACCAUCUUCAUCCUGUUCAUGUUGUCUGUGGCCUCUGUGUCCCUAUUCCUCAACGUGAUGGAGUUGGGCCACCUGGGCCUGAAGGGGAUCCGGUCUGCCUUGAAGAGGCCUGUAGAGCAGCCCCUGGGGGAGAUUCCUGAGAAAUCCCUCCACUCCAUUGCUGUCUCCUCCAUCCAGAAAGCCAAGGGCUAUCAGCUCCUAGAAGAAGAGAAAAUCGUUUCCCACUAUUUCCCCUUGACCGAGGUUGGGAUGGUGGAGACCAGCCCACUGCCUGCCAAGCCUUUCAAUCAGUUGGAGGAGAAGAUCAGCACAGGACCCCUGGGAGACUUGUCCCGGGGCUACCAAGAGACACUGCCUUCCUACGCUCAGGUGGGGGCACAAGAAGUGGAGGGUGAGGGGCCGCCUGCAGAGGAGGGAGCCGAACCCGAGGUGGGAGAGAAGAAGGAGGAAGCAGAGAGGCUGACCACGGAGGAGCAGGAGAAGGUGGCCGUGCCAGAGGGGGAGAAAGUAGAGACCCCCGGAGUGGAUAAGGAGGGUGAAAAAGAAGAGCUGCAGUCGGAGAAGGUGUCAAAGCAAGGGCUGCCAGCUGAGAAGACACCUUCACUCUGUCCAGAGCUGACAACAGAUGAUGCCAGACCCCUGAGCAGGCUAAGCAAAGCCAGCAGCCGAGCCAGGUCAGACGAUCUAACCGUAUGAAGUGACGCCAAAGAAAAAAAAACAACGCCCAAGCUUACACAGGGCAAGAUGAAAGGAAAAGGUGCCAACAUGAUCUGAAUCUUCUGUCUCCUGUCCUCCCACCAGCCUCUGGUUGGACAGGCACUGCAGCAGGGCAGUGCACUCCAGGCAACUCUAGGAAACAGUCUUUCCCACAUCCAGCAUAAGGGCUACCAAGAUAAACCCAUCAACCCACUAAAGUUCCCCAGUCUCAUAGGACUACCCCGCUCCUCCAACCCCAGCAGCUAUGGGUGACUCUUCUUUCAUCCCCAUUUCUCCAUAGAAACCCUUAAAUCGGAAUUGGGGUUGCCUCAUAGCCUUUUACCCAUCUUGUCUCAAGCUCACUAAGCCAGAAUCUAUCAUCCCAGCAUUUCUGAAGCAGAUACCAUGUGACCAUAUUUCAGGGAUCCAGACUCAAAAGCCUACAGAAUACAGAGAGGUGACAUAAGUUGCAAGACAGGCCUGUUCUAAUGCAAGGGAGAGAAUGGGGCUGUGAAAGUUGGAAAGCAGGGGCAGCUGCUGCUCACUUCCAGACAAUGAGUACCAUGAAGUGUUACCUGGUCUUUCUGAUUUUUCAAGGGAAGCCAGAAAUCCAACCUUUUUUUUAGACAGGCUCUCUCUUGCCCAGGCUGGGGUGCAGUGGCACAAUCUCAGCUCACUGCAGCCUCAACCUCCCAGGCUCAAGUGAUCCUCUCACCUUAGCCUCCCAAGUAGCUGGGACUAUAGGCGCACACCACCACACCUGGCUAAUUUUUGUAUUUUUUGUAGAGAUGGGGUUUCACCAUGUUGCCUAGGCUGAUCUCAAACUCCUGGGUUCAAGUGAUCCACCCACCUCAGCCUCCUAUAACGCUGGGAUUACAGGUGUAUGCCACCAUGCCUGGCCCAUGAAAUCUAAAUUUUAAUUGAAAUUUUCAAAAUUGUUAAUGUUGGCAACUAAAUUUUAAAUACAACAUGUGGACCAAAUGAAAUAUGUGCAAGCCACAUUUAACCUGUGAGGCACCAAUUUGCAAUAUCAGCUUAUGCUAAUUAGCCCAGCUUUCCUAUGGAAUUGGUCUUAUUAUUUAUGGUCUCAACUUGUUUCUGUGGCUCCUAAACCUUAUUUCACUACUUUGGAGUGUUUUGUUUAAAUCAUCAGUCCAGGAGAUAUCUAAAGUUCUCACUGACCGUUCUUUUGGCUCAUUGUAGCCCCUGGGUUCUGAAGCAAUGAUAUGCUUUGUAUUGGUGGGAAUUCUGCCCUGGGUACCAUCAGAGAAAGAGAGCAAGUUGCCAAAACUCUCUCUGUGAAAUCAAAAGGCUUUGAGGCCUGGUUGUAGUUUGUUUUUCCUGAAGCAAAGAAGAUCCUUUCUUUAUUCCCCUCUUGCAGCAUCAGUGCUCAGCCUAAAAUCUAUACCUUUUUUCACUAGUGACUAGAAGCAAGCCCAGUUUCGAGCUGGAGGACAUCUGCUCACAGGCAUGUCCUGGGAAGAGGCAGCUCUCAGACAUGAUCAAAGGGCCAUCAGGGUGGCACCGGAGGGAGCCUCUCACAAAGUGGGUGCUCACACAGCCAGGAUCCCAAAGUGGAGUCUCAGGCCAAGCUUCAUCCCUGAAAAGGACACAGAGGCUAAAGGGAACAAGAAGAAUCUUGAAGGGCUCCUGUCCUCAUAUUCCCACAACUCACCCUCCUCAAACACAGAGUCUAUUCAGGGGAAAUCCUCAUGUACACGUACAUAUUUCAUACCAGGAGCAAUUUUACCCUCAGCCAAUUGAUUUCCAGAGCAAGGAGAGAAAACUAAGAUGGUUCACCUAAAGCAACACUAUGCUUCAUGGACUGCAGUGCCAAAGAUAGGGUAGGAGGUAUAGAAACCAAGUUGACAUAGCAGGGACCUGGACAGGAGACCAGCAAGGGGCCCAAAAGGGAUACUUAGAAAAACUGCGUUUGUUGUAUCUUCCCAACCCCGAUCAGCAUCAUCUCAAAGUAUAUCAAUCCCCUUUGCUGCCCUCUGGUUACCACCUUCCUUUUAAGAUAUUCAUUCAAGAUACACCUUUCCAAAGCAGGCCUUUUCCAAAACUAUUCCUCCCCCUUGACAAAAUUUCCAUUCCUUGGUGACCCAUUCUAAAGCAAAGUAGUCUAAAAAUUAAAUUCAUUCUAAGGUUUGAUUGUUCGGUAACUACUCCUGGGGAAAAAACUGCAUUUAAAAGAGAAAGACUAAAAUAUAUUUUUACCUAGGUAACCCAAAGUGACAAACCUUCAGUGGAGGGAUGUUGAAUAGAAGAGGUAUGUUUAUCUUGGAGGCACGUGAUUUUCUGGCUACUGCUUAAUCUUACCCCUAGCAAGCAACAUUAUUCUACACAGACUUUCUCCUAUAUGGUGAGAGAAUUAACACAAUCCGAGGCCUGAGAACCAGAGAGUGCAUCCUUGACCCUAAUGGCUGCACUAUUGCUCCCAUAGUUUUGUUCCUGAAGAUGCAUUUUAGGAAGAGCCUUAUGAAUAGUUUGAUCAUUACCAGAAUAAAGUGUCUAUCUCAACUAGAGCCUAAUACAAAAAAGAAAAAGAAAAACGAUAUCCUGUUCUAAAUAAAACUGCUGUUUGGUACCAGUUGUAGAAAUGAGGGCUACUGGUCUCCUUAUCUCAGGUGGGACAUAAGUGUGUGAUAGAGCGUCUUUCCUCAGAUGAGGCAGCAUCCUGCUUCAAUGAACGUAUCCACACUGUCCCCACAUUUUCCCUCUUAGUCUUCUCAAUAAAAGGAGAAGCCUAUUCAGGAAGAAACAGACACAGGCAUCAAGAGGCUGCAUUUUUUUUCUAUUUCUGCCAUUUAGUAGCUGUAUCAUUAUUGUGCCUUGAGCUCUCUUUACUUCAGUUUUCUGUCUACAAACUAAAGCUGGCAUUUGCCACCUACCUACAUCCAGGGGUGUCCUAAAGAUUGAGUUGGCUGCCAAGCAUGAGGCCUGCUGAGUGGUACCAUUCCCUGAGAGAUUCCUCCAACAGCAGUAAGACUGGGAAGAAGGGCAGGUGGAUGGUUUCCAUCUGUCCCUCCAACCUGCCUCGUAGUUACCUGGUGAGUUUUUCAAUGUGAAAUAGACACUCCAGAGAUCACUUUUCUCAGAAGAGAUUCAAAACAGAAUCUUAACCCCAUAUGUUUAGUAGGAACCUGAGGCUCAUUGACCUUAAUAAAUGACUGGAGACAGAUUGCCAAUUACUUUCAUCCUCUGAGAAAGAGGUCCCAUCUUAAGCGGCCACACAAACACAGCCAGUUUCCAUUUAGAAGCAGCUGCAUGUCUGUGGUGGUCUUUACUCUAGGCAGCUACACCACUCAGCAUCUGUUUUGAGGCAAAUAAUUAUGACUGAGUCAGGAUUAUAAUCCCCCUGGGCUUCAUUAUGUCCAGAUUUCAUUUCUACUCCUAGUCGGUCCCUUGUUAGAUAAAAACCCUAGGGCACAUGAACCUACCAAUAAAAAGAUGCAUUAGACAGCGGGACAUCAGUAGUACAGCUCCCUCCAGAGGAAAAGGACUAAUCACUUGAUAGCAGUUCUAACACCACCAUCAGGGGAUAUCUGUGACCAAGGAUAGAUGUACUCAAAGUUCAGUGAGAAAGUUUUGAGCCUGGCUGUGUAAACCCUGGCCUAGUGUUUUGGGCAUUAUUUAAAAAAAAAAAAAAAAGAAAGAAAAGAAAGAAAAAAGCCUGUCUGCUUUUCACCAUGUCUUUGUCCCCUGCCACACAGGGAAGCAUCAAGUACAGCACUGGACAGAUAUUCCUGAAGGUCUUUGUGACCUGGGGACCCACAAAGAACACUGACAUUCAAGUCAGGGGUGUUGAUUGCCCCUCCUGACUCUGGGUAUUCCAAGAUGCCACUUACCUGCUCUAUGAGACAAUUUUCUCUAUGUUAGUUGAGGAUGAUAAGUUCUGCCCCUCCUUCACAAGAUGUUAUAGGUCUUUUUUAAAGCUCACUAAUUUGGAAAUAAAUGGAAAAGAAAGAAGCCAUCAUCAAAUUUUGUAAGACCAUAUUGUAAAAUGUAUACUGAAGCAGUGACAGUCAUCACUUUCAAAUACUGCAUAGAUUGUUAACUAAGAUACUGAUAAAAAGUGAGCCAAUAACUAAAGUAAGGGAAAUACAUUUGGAGGGGCAGCAGGUAGUCUUGAAUUCCUAAGAAUUAUGGUACAAAAAAAAGAAUGUCUUUAAUCACGCAAGAAUUGGUUGCCGAAAGAGGUGCUAAAGGUACUCGGCUUAGUAGAGUUCACAUAUGGAGAAGCGUCAACCCCUGAGAUAAUCUCUGACUCAUGGCAGAAGGGGCUCCAUGGAUACGGAAAGAGCUGCAUGCAGGAACUCUUCAGUCCAGGCCAUGUGGAAGGCCUAGGACAAGACUGGUACAAACCACUGCUCCUCUCCAGUUCCCGAGAAGGGUCAUUAGGCAUGCUCUAAGUAAGAAUGAGAACACCACCCCAACUGCAUGUCCCAUUCCAUUCCCCCAGCCUCCUCUUCUCUCCUUUCCCUGACCAUUAUUUACCCUCUAUGCAUACUGUGUGCAAAUGAUUGCCCAACCCAGCUUAGCAAAGUUUAGAUGAGAAAGGUUUGCCUGGUUGGAAGAAAAACUCUUCUGAGUGUAAAUACAAUCUGUAAAACUAGUAAGUGUGUACCUAGAAGUGAUAGUGAAAUAGGCAAGGAGACUUUCCCCUUUUGCAAUUAUUGUAUUAUAACUAAAUAUGUACUUGGGGAAGGGAGGAGAAAAAGGAAAAAAAAUUCUCGGUUCAGCAGUUGGGUAAGAGGAAAGAAAAACUUUUAUGAAAGACAGUUCACUCUCCACUGCCCUAGACAUUGCAGCUCCCAGAGCCAGGAAAAAGUGGUAUUCAGCUCUAGGAACCGAAUACCACAUAAAAAAGUAGCCACCAACUUGCAGUGGGACAUCCCAUAGCCUCCAACGCCACUGCUUUCUGGAAGUUCUACAGAGCAGACAAAGAAGAUUCUAAAAGAAUUCAUAAGGUUGUCUGAAGGGAAAAGUAGAUGACCCCAUGGCCUUUUUCUGCAAUUUUUUCAUCUAUAAAACAAAGUGGUAAAGACUCAGUUUGUUAUGAAGCACAUUCAUAACAAACUUCCCGGGGAAGUCUCUGGCAAAAGAGAGACACGUUAUUGGGAUGGUGGUCCUGUAUUCUCCAACCUUCCACAUCCUUGUGCCAGAGCUAAUAGUCGUGUGUUAGACUGUUACAAAGCAAAUAAAAUUAACUUGACUUUUCA